GUGCGGUUCACACCCACCCUUCCGCAUUAACAGUUGAAAACGUUUUCAUUAACCAGCGUCAGUGCUACUGAGAGUCCUCUCUGUCAGCGAAUCCUAUAUAUUAAGGACACUGACAUACUUGACUCUGAUCUCCAUCCAUUUUCCAGACAGAUCCCAACCCUCUUUCUCUCUCCUGACAGAUGAGAGAGGAGAGAGAGAGAGGUUUUUAAUUUUUAUGGGUGUUUUUGUUGCUCUCCAAAUCAUCACUCCACAACCCUUUCCCCCAUCUGGACCAAAACACUGCACCUCUCAUCUAAAACAAAAUUCUGUUCUUAUUAACUCCUUUAUUUAUAAUUAUUAACUUAUAGGUAUAGUUUUUUUUUUUUUUACUUCUCUCUCUCUCUCUCUCUCUCUCUCUCUCUCUAUAUGCACCAUGAACCAUGGUGGGGAUUUUGUGGGCCAGUGAGAAGAGUUGGUGACUUCAAAGAUAGAGAGAGAGCAUCUGUGUGAGUGAAAGGAAUAUAAGAGAGAAGAAAUGGCACAGAAGAGGAAGAUGGAGGUCAGUGUUGUUGAUGAGAAUGAUAGAGUGUUGUAUACCAAUUUCAGGAAAGUAGCCAAUCAUCUCUCUCAGCUAUACUCUCAAGCUCUCAGUUAUCAGAAGCUUGUUUUUGGUGCUGGACAAAGACAUGCCCUUGAAAAAAUGAAUGACUGGAUGGCAAUGAAGCAGCAAGAAGGAAAGAUUGUCACUGUGGCUGAUAUUUGCACCUAUCUGCAGGAGCAGCUGAAUAACAGCGUGCCCAAUUCUCAGCUGCAAGAGCAAAGUGAUGCACCCCAAAAGGGGCAGAUGGACCUAGGGUUAGGGUUAUCUUCUUCUGCUCCUCUCAUGCAGAGCCCGGUCACAGAUGGACACACAUUUUCCUCUCAAGAUAUCGAAAUGGAGAUAAAUGCCGAGGACCCCAUUCAUCCAUAGUCAGAAGCUUCAUCUCUCUCCAUGUAUAUAUCCCAUAGACCAAUACCUUGUCGUCGAAUUUUAAUAAAGUUGUCAGUGUGUCAUUUUGUCUCGUGUCAGUCGAGAGUCUAGAAUAGUUUGUGUAUGUCAUUUCUUCUUCCAAUUUCAUCGGUCUUGUUGACUCUGUCAAGCUCUCCCCCCUAGUCUUGUAUCUUUGUUGCUUAAAUUUGUGGUAAUUAGGUGGAGUCAUUGUCAUUCCUUAGGUAACACCUAUGGAUGGUUAUAUAAUCAUAAUUUUUCAUUUUCUAUUGAA